AUGGCGGACACGGAAGAGCCACAGUUCAACACGCUCAAGGAACGAAUCGCCGCGUUGAACAAGCAAAAGAACUUUAAUGACGCAGAUGGCACGCGCAAACCAGCGCCACCUCCUGUCCCUCGCCCAGCGAGAGACCAACCGCCUCGUGAUUCACCCACAACGAAUGGCGUCCAGGAGCACAGAGCAUCACCAGCCAUACCAAACAGACCUAGCAAGCCCCCCACCCCCAGACCUGCACCGCCACCCCUACCAAGACGCGAUACGCAGACGUCACAGGGCGCAUCACCCAUCAGUGAGCCCAAGCUUGCUCCGCCGCCACUGCCCAGUAGAGGUAACUCGAACCAAACACCACCUCCUACCCUCCCCACGCGGACAGCCCCUCAGAAUCAAGCUGGCCUCCUGCCUGGGAGGCGGGGAUCGAGCUCUUCUGAGGCGUCACAACGGUCCGCCAUCUCUGUCGCCAGUCGUGGCUCAGAUGGCCGACGCAUGGCACCUAUCUAUGACCAGGCGAGCCUGCCCCCUCUUCCCCCUUCUAGGAGAGAAUCCGAGCUUGCCCCCCAGCCUGUCAGGCCAGGCCUUGCGCCAAGGAAAUCAUCAUCAUCAUCGCUGAGCGCAGCUAUGGCACGUACAGGUCUUACGGGGAAGAAGUCAGCCUCGUCAUUGAAGACACCGGACGCUGCGCAACCAGGGCCGAAGCCUGGCCUUCCACCUAGACUCCCGUCUCGUUCCGCUACAGAGGCAUCAUUGAUGAAUGGAAAAGAAAACCAUGCGCCUGCAGAACCAGCCCAGCCUGCGCCUCCCCCUAGGAAAAACAUCGUCAUGGGGUUCGGCAGUGGCAAGUCUUCGCGAGCGCCGGCUCAGCAUCAGAAGACGGAUGAGCCGCCCCCUGCGCCAGAAACUGCAAACGACGAGCCGCCUCCGAUCCCAACAGCUUCCAGGCCGACAGCAUCUCAAAUCGACGCCGCGAAUGAGAGAAUGUUGUUGGGUGGCAACGUGGACGAAGACUGCUGGGUCUGUCGAGAUUGGAGUGGGCCAGACAACCUUGCUUCCAAGUUUCCUCGAGAGUCGCUCCCGCGACAAGACCUCGUUGGCUAUCUUGCUCGCAAUCUGUGCGACCCCUUUCCGUCAUACACUGACAAGGCUCGCGCGAUAUUUACUUGGUUCCACUACAACAUCUACUAUGACACGUACGCCUUCUUCAACAAGUGCGUCAAGGAGCAGACGGCAGACAGCACCAUACUCACGGGCAAGGCCGUUUGUGCCGGGUACGCCGAAACGUACAAGGCCAUUGCCAACCGGGCCGGGCUGGAAUGCAUCGUCGUAGGUGGUCACGGCAAAGGCUACGGCCACUCCGCCCUGAAACCCGGCGAGCGACCUCCACCAGCGAAACCAGACGGACACGCUUGGAACGCCGUGCGUAUCGACGGCGGCCGGUGGAAACUGAUCGAUGCAUGCUGGGGUGCCGGCCACCUCGAUGGGUCAACAAACGAGUACAAGCAGGUCUUUUCGCCGAAGCACUUUAUCGCAAGAAAUGAUGUCUUUAGCGAAUCACAUUUCCCGCGGGACUCGCGCUACCAGUUUCGCGAUGAUGGAAGAGUGCAGUCGUGGGAAGAGUACUACAUCGGUCGGUCUGCCGACGGCGAACCACCUGUGCUGUAUACGACCGGCCACGACGAGGGCAUCCUCGAGUCCAGCAUACAGCCGCGCUGUCGACAGAUCCCCGUCCAGAGUGACGCGGUCAUCCGCUUCAAGUGGAGCAAGCUCUGCCGCCACUGGCGGUCCGAAACGCACGGCAAGGGCAAGCCGCCGCUGUGGCUGCUGAGCAUCCAUGGCGUGGAUGGCCGGAAGGACGACAUGGUGCCCGUGCAGACGGACGGGUACUGGCAUUGGGUGGAUGUCAAGGCGCGAGACCUCGGUGCCCCGGGCCAGACGCUGCAGGUGGCGCAGGUGACGACGAUUGGGGGCAAGGACGCCAGGGGCGUCAGCGCAAAGGAGUACUUUGAGAAGAAGGGGAGGGUGGGCAUGGCCUGGAGCUAUGUUCUCAAGUGGGAGCUGGUAUAG